AUGGCAUCUCUCGUGACACUUCAUGGCAUCGACGUGUCUUCCCUAGACGAACGCAAGUACGAGACGUUUUUCCUGUCCAAUGCUCUACAAGUUCUUGUCAUUUCUGACCCUAAAAUAGAAAAAUCUGCUGCUGCAAUGGACAUCCACGUGGGUCAUCAAAGUGAUCCAGAAGAAUUACCAGGUCUUGCGCACUUUCUCGAGCAUAUGUUGUUCUUAGGGACUCGAAAGUAUCCGGACGAGAACAGUUUUAAGAAAUUCUUGAGUGCUCACAGUGGUCGCAGUAAUGCGUCCACGUCUCAGAUGCAUACAAACUUUUACUUUGAUGUACUGAGUGACCAUUUGCAUGAAGCUCUGGAUCGCUUCUCGCAGUUUUAUAUCGCCCCAUUAUUUACACCAAGUGCAACAGAACGGGAGAUAAAUGCUGUGAAUUCCGAGAAUGCCAAGAACUUGCAGAAUGACCAUCGACGACUGUAUCAAUUGCAAAAAUCUCUCUCGAAUCCAGAUCAUCCAUUCCAUAAAUUUGGGACGGGAAAUAUUGAGACACUAGGGACAAUUCCUCAUGAAAGAGGAGUGGAUGUACGUGCGGCAUUGCUAGAGUUUCAUGCCACGUACUACUCGGCGAGUAUCAUGAAGCUCGUAAUUUGUGGCAAGGAAAAUUUGACGACGUUGAAACACUGGGCGGAAAAGCUUUUCUCGGAGAUUCGAAAUACGGAACGAAGUUUCCCGACCUUUGGAAAUGCAGUGCCGUUUGAUGAGUCAAGAAUGGCUCGUGUGGUGCAUGUGGCACCGGUGAAGGAUCUUCGUGUUAUCGACAUCUCGUGGCCUUUGCCAUCGCUAUAUUCCAACUUCUUGACGAAACCGACGAAGAUCUUGUCACAUUUAAUUGGGCAUGAAGGUCCAGGAUCUAUUCUGAGCUAUCUGAAGACACAGAAGUGGGCUAAUGGGCUUUCUGCAGGGCUCUUUCGUGACAAUGAGGACUGGGGACUGUUUUGUGUAAAGAUUGACGUGACAGAUGCGGGAAUUGAGCAUGUGAACGACGUCGUGGAAGUAGUGUUCCAGUAUGUGCAGACUCUUCAGCGUGUGGCUCCGUUUGAGCCCUGGAUCUUCCAUGAGACCCAGGGCCUGGCGUUACAGAAUUUUUGCUUUAAGAGCAAGGAGAGCCCCAUCAACUACACAAGUAACCUGGCAAACGUAAUGCACCGUUAUCCAGCCAAGUAUAUUCUUUCAGGUGCCUACAUCCUCUACGAGUAUGAUGCCGAAAAGGUCCAGAAGGUCUUGGACCUGCUUACUGCUCAUCGAAUGCGCCUUACGGUGGUCGGUAAAAAGUUUGAAGGCAAGACACAGUGUGUGGAGAAGUGGUACCAGACACCUUAUUCGGAAAGUCCACUUGAAUCCGAGCUUCUUGAACGUUGGACGUCGCCUCCUCCCAAUGCGGCUUUGAAGCUCCCCCAUCGUAACGAGUUCAUCUGUAGCGACUUUAGAAUCGUGACACCUCACAAAGUGUCCACCUCAGAAGGAGGCAAUGAGGAAAGUGCUGCCGUGUCCCAGCCACUGCUAUUGCAGCAAGAUGAACAAUGCCGCCUAUGGUACAAGCCCGACAUACAAUUUCGCAAACCCAAAUUAAUGCUGCACUUCUUGCUGUAUUCGCCGUCACUGUCUACCACCCCAUACCACGCAGUGCUCACGAGUUUAUUUGUGCGGUGUCUGAAGGACAAGCUCACAGAAGUGUCUUACGAUGCCGAGCUUGCAGGUAUGGAGUACGAUAUCGGUUUUAAUUCUCGUUCGCUGGAGUUGCACGUGGGUGGAUAUUCGCACAAGCUUCCCAUUUUGCUCUGUAAGGUACUUCAGCAAAUGCUAGAGAUGACCAAAGCUGAGUACAAGUACGAAGAAGCAGUCUUCGAGCGCGUGAAAGACCGCACAAAGCGUAUGUAUGAGAAUUUCUUUCUCGAAGAGCCGUAUCAGCACGCUGUGCAUCUAUGCAGUCAACUGUUGGAAGUCUCACGAUGGAGUAUAGAAGACAAGAUCCGUGCUAUUGAGCACCUCACCUUGUCUGACUUGGCAUCUCACAGCCAGUUCAUGUUCCAGCAAGUUUUCGUAGAGGGCUUCUUUUACGGCAACCUCCAGCAGAACGCGGCUCCACCAUUGAUGCAACAGGUGCUGCAGUAUUUUGGUUUUGGCAGAAACGGAAGCUCCAGUGGAGGCAGUUUUCCGUUGUUCCCGAGCCAAAUAACGAAGCCGCGAGUCGUCCAACUUGCCGACGCUAAAGAGUACCGGUACCAGCGACGUGAAUGGAAUGAAGCCAACCUCAAUUCUGCAAUCUGUACAUUGUAUCAGAUGGACUGUGAGACGGAAGAGAGCACACUUUUUCUCCGUGCUCGUCUCGAGCUGUUUGCACACAUUUUUAAGGAGCCUUGCUUCAACCAGCUCCGUACACAGGAGCAGCUUGGAUACUUAGUAUUCUCUGGUAUUACCAGCAUGGAAGGUGUCGACUGCUUUCGUAUUCUAAUUCAGUCAGAUGUGGCUUCCCCGCAAUUCUUGGACCAACGCAUUGAGCUCUUUGUGACUCAUUUUCGAUCGUUUAUUGCUGAAAUGUCCAUUGCUGCGUGGCAGAAACAAGUGAAUGCCGUUGUGAAGGCAUUAUUGGAAAAGCCAAAACAAGAGAUGGAAGAAUCCAUGCGUGCGUGGCGCGAGAUUGCCAACGAGACAUUUAUGUUUGACCGACGUCAACGGGUUGCAGCGAUCGUGUCGACUUUGCAACAGCGAGAUCUCGUGGCAUUUAUUGACUCAUUUAUUGCUGUCAAUGGUGAUCGACGAAGGAAAUUGAGCAUUUGGCUAUACGGUGCAAAGCACCCGUUUGUUCAACUGGAAAAUGGGGUGAAGGAGGUUUCUAGGAUUGCAAUGUCCGAUACUGGUUUGGUCUCUGCAAUGCUAUUGCAGCAACAAUUGGAGGACAUUGACUCGACUGUGAAAGUUGCUCCAAAGUUGAUUGAAGAUGUUGUCACUUUCAAGCAACAGAUGCCACUCUUUCCAGAACGCGGUACCAAACACCUCACUACUACUAGAGUCAGUCUUUAG